ACUUGUCUAGAAUUGCCAAUUGAUCCUCAACCCCAGGGGAGCGAUUCUGAAAUAUCAUCCAUUCCACCAUCUACCAAAGAACACUCUAUUGAUUCCGUAUCUUUAGAGAAGAAUUCUGGCAAUAAUCCUGAAAAGAUAGAAAACAUAUCCGAUAACACAUCUAGUCACGAAGUUACUGCCUCUAGCAAUUCUGACGUGAGCCUAUCUUUAAUUGAUAUAUUUUCACACAAUGCUUCUUCGAUGCCAGCUGAUUCUCUUUGCAAUAAGAUUUUGGAUACUGAGGCAGAGGAAGAACCAUGUGGUCCAGAAAAAUGGUCCCAACCAAAAUUACAUGACACGAAAACUGUGACAAAUUUGUCACGAUCAGACAAUGUAUCUUCUAUAAUAUCUGAAUUAGAGCGAGAUAAUGAAAUUGAUGAGGUUGAUACCAGUCAAAUCAUAGAACAAGGACUAAUGCAAGAAUUGUCUCAGAAUACUUCUGACGUUGAAAUUAAUGAAUCAUAUAUUCAAAACUUGGAUAACUCGACUGAAGGUUCAGCAUGA